AUGUCACUCUGAAAAUAGAAUCGCAAUUUCAGUCAUGUUCUAUGUAAACUAUGAAGCUUCGUGACGAUCACUGUCGAUGUGGUCACCAUUUGUGUGAACUUUUCUGAUGUUGGCACGCUUGGAAAGCAUUAACCUGUAAAAAUGUUGUUGUUUUUUGUUGAUUUCAUGGAUGAACUAAGUUGAUGUGAGCGUCAUUAUUUGCAUUUUUAUAGUUUUGUCUGGUCUUAUUUUUUUUGUCAAUACUGCAUCAAGGUUAGAAAAGACGAUAACAUCCACAAAGUUAAGACAGUAUGGCCGCUGGUGCUGGAGAAUGUAAUACGUCCAAUGGUACUGAUCAAAAUCAAACCAAAAACAUGGUGAAUGGAAAGGUGCCUGCCAACGCUGUGGUAAAUCUUAAGGCAAAGAUAACAGGCCUUCCGUCAUCAUACUGCCUUGAGGAUUUUAGGAAAUGGUUAUGUGAAGAGCUACAUGUAACUUUUGCUGAGUUGUCUGUGUUACCUUCAGCAGCGAACAUUGUAGUAUUAACUUGUUCUGAAGAAGAACAACUAAAACUUGCAAUUGAGUCCAUCAGUAAUCAGAAAUGGCGUGGAAAUGAAAUAUCGUGUGUUAAAGCAUCACCUUCAGAUUUUAAACGAAAACCCAAUGAUAGGCUUGUAGAUGAAGCUGGUGGUAAGAAACCUAGACACUUAACACCUAGAGAAAAAGUUUUCAGAUUCAACUGUUCAAACCAACAUUUACCCUACAAGGACCAGAUAUCACAACUUUUUGAAGAAGCCAGAAAUGGAACAAGACAUUUAGGUGAAGUACUAGUUUCACAUAAUCCGGAACUUGUUGGAUGGUGGCACAAUCAACUACAAAAGCACAAGGGUGAUGCACUACUCUUGCAAAAAGUAGUUGGUUCUCCUGUUGUAGAUGGCUAUCGCAAUAAAUAUGAUUUCAAAAUAGGUUUAGAUCCAGAUUCUAAGGAACCAGUGGUUGGUUUAAAACUAGAUUACCAAUCUGAUUUUGCCAUUUCUGUGAAGCCUGGUGAUGAAUUUAAGCAAUUCCCUGAAAGCAUGAAAAAUGUAAUUCAAGUUUUUGACAGUUACAUUAAGGCCUCAGAACACGCUCCAUCCACUUCUACUUCUGGCCACUGGCGUAAUGUUGUUGUUAGAGUAGGUUCAAAUGAGGAAAUCUUGGUCAUGGUGGUUUUUCAUCCAAGAGAGCUAUCCCCAGAAGCUGUUGAUGCUGUUAGAGCAGAUCUUGUAGAUUUUUUUGUGAACCGAGAGGGCAAAGGUUGUGGUGUUGUCUCUCUGUUCCUCAAGUUGUAUUCGUUGUCUGUUGACAAAAACUGUCCAGAGUCUGAAAAACCGCCUGAAAAGUUGUGGGGCAAGGACUAUAUUGAGGAUGUCUUGUCUGACUUGGGUGUUUCCUUUGUCAUAAGCCCAACAAGCUUCUUCCAAGUCAACAAGAGUGCUGGAGAAAAAUUGUACAGUGCUGUUGCUGAACUUGCUCACAUUGACUCAGACACAAGCGUUGUUGAUAUUUGUUGUGCAUCUGGUGGAAUUGCUCUCACUCUUGCUAAGAAAGCCAAAGAGGUGUUUGGAAUUGAUGUUGUGGAAUCAAGUGUUAAUGAUGCUAAAGUUAAUGCAGAAAAAAAUAAUGCAAGCACAUGUGAGUUUUUGACUGGCCGUGCUGAAGAAGUGUUACCUUCAGUUCUCAAAAAGGCUACAGGGAAGAAGAUAGUAGCAGUGGUAGAUCCACCAAGAGAUGGCUUAGGUCCUACCUUUGUAGCUGAGCUACGGAAAUGCCAGAAAGUGUCGAAGGUUGUCUACAUUGUCUCCAGCCAACGAGUGAUUCACAAAAACUUCAUGGAGUUUGCUGCGCCAGGCUUCUUCACGAAGCAGCCCAGCAAGCCCUUCGUCCCGGUGCGGGUGAUCCCCGUGGACCUGGCGCCCCACACGCUGCACUGCUGCCUGGUGGUCCUGCUGGAGAGGGUGGACCCCCUCAAGUACGACGUGCAUGGCGCCAUGGGGCCGAUGGCAGGGCCUUUGCCGCUGCCCGUGCCCCCCAUGAUGGGGCCGGGACCACCGAUGUGUUCGCGGCCCCCCAUGGGUCCCUGUGGUCCAGGACCGCGCGGCCCCAGGCCCAUGGGGCACCCUCCACUGGGCCCGCCUCCCAUGGGCCCGCGGCCUGGGCCCCCGCACGCCCGGCCUGGCCCUGGCGGGCCCAGAGGCCCCCUCGGCGGCCCCAGGGGCCCCGGCCCGAGACCCGGCUUGGGACUGCGGGGCCCUCCCGGCCCCAGCGGCCCCAGGCCUCCGAUGCGCCCCUUGGGGCCCCCGCCGCCGUCUCUUGUGCGCGGUCCCAGGCCGCGACCACCCCCACCCCAGGGUGGUCCACCUGUGGGUCGCGGCAACGGGCGGGGGAGCGCCGCUAUGCCUCCCCUGCCCCCCCUGCCCCCCAUGCCCCCCAUGCCCAGGCCCAGGCACAUGGGCGGAGACAACUUCUACCAGGACGACCCUCUGGACGGAUCUUCAUUCUUUGGACCAGAGGACGACGUGCAGCCACCGCUACCUCACCAUCAAAGUGUGUUCUGGUAAAUGGCUUUGGCUAGCGUAUUCGGAAUUAUGUAUUGUUAUUUUGAUCACAAAUAAUAACAAUCGGUUUUUAAAUGAAUUUAGUUAAAUUUGACGCAUGUGACUCACUAGAGUGUGUUAAAGUUUGCCUUAGAUGUUUUAUUAUUAACUGUGAACAUUGUUACAUUUUGCAAUGGAUUUGAUUCAUAAUAAAUCUGAAUUACUGAGGAUUCCAUUCACUGAAGUUUUUUUAGUAGUCAAUAUCUCAAGUUAAAUAAUUUUAAAAUCUGCCAUAAAACUUACAAGAAAAUAGAAAAAUGUCAUUUAAAUGAAUCCGCUCAUUAGUUCAACCUAUUGGUAGGUUAUUGAAUAGGGGUUAAAAAAUGGGCCAAGACUUGAAACCGUCAAACAUGUUCCCUAAGGGCUAUGUAUAAAGGUAUUUUAAUGAACACAAGCAGGUUUAGUUUGUUCCAUUAGAAUACAGUAUUUUAUUUAAGACCUAAGUAUUAAGUAUUAAAUAUUACAUAUUUUAUGAGGUUGACAAAAUUGAUUUCUGGUUUUAAUGUUGACACUCGGAAACCAAAUGUUAUUCUGUCCCAUAGAAAUGUUGUCAAAGGGACCAUUUUAGAGUCUUAACAUUAAGUUGCAUUGCAAUCAGCUCCCACAUCUUGACUAACUGCUAGACUAUGCAGUCUAAAGCUAUUAUCCAAAUCUCAUAAUAGAAAUAAUGUUGAAGUUUUCUCACUGUUGGAAAUGUGGAUCAGUUAAACUUUUGCAGUUGAAUCUUCCUUACUCGCACCAGAUUGUUCACCUUCCAAAAUAUUUUGCUGUUAUCUCUUUUAUGUCUUGUUGCUGUUUUUCUUUUAAAGAAGUUAUAUUGUCUGGUGCUUUUAAUGGCUGAGCCAACCAUGGUUCACACACUUUGAAAGGCAUUUGUUUACAUUGGCAAAAAGUGGAGUGCAGGAUUUGUCCAUAUCUUAAAACACAUGGCAUGGUUGCCUCAAAAAACAAUAACGCUUAGGCUUCAAUAACAGCUGUGAGAAUAUUGACAUUUGCACUGUAAACAUACAUAGCGCCGAAGACAUAAUUAAUGCCUUGGAAUUUCGUUGGUCACAGGUGUGACCGGAAUAUUGGGAAUAUUUUUCUACAGAAUUUGAGCAUCUGUUAUGUGUGUUUUGAGCUUUGGCCUAAUUUUUCAGUCAACUCUUGACAAAGUAAGCUCUUUCAGUUCAAAGUGCCUGAAUUGUAGGCCACCCUGUAUGUGAGCACAGUUGUUUUAUCUCAAUCAUGUUUCAUUGUAUUUCUGGCAUCACAGGUUUCUCUUUUGUACUCGAGUCUUAUCUUCUGCCAUUAUUAUUUUACGUACAUUUAUUUUUGUCAGGAGCGGAGUACAUGUGGAUGACAAUGACUCCUCUAUUUUGACGCUGUUUCAUUCAUUCAGAAUAUUUUGCCACAUUCAAAUGGCAUGCAAUUAGUGUGGCUUUCUAGUGUGACAGUUGUUUCUGAAGAUGAUUAAGGCAUGAGAAAGAUGAUAAAGGUCAAUAAUGCAUAGACUCCUAAUCAUGUUGUGUGAAGUGGUUAUCAAAGAAGACUGUUUAAACAGUCGUUCAUAAAUAAAAUCUUUGGAUAUUUGCUGUAAAUUUCUCAUUCCUCUUCCUUUGCUCUCUGAGAUUACACAUGUAGUCCACAUAGUUAACCAUGUUCUUCAUUUGAUUAUUGCUUUUAUUUUCUUGUUAAAGGUCCCAAGUUCAAUCUUAUUAAAGUGACAUUGGCCUUAUUCAUGAGUACUCAUUUUCAACUAAACAUUAGAUGAAAUCGUAAGACUUGUCAAACAUGUAUAUGUAAGACUUAUUUCUAUGUAAGAUGCACAACAGUCCGUAUACAGUUUCUCUUCAUGACAGAAAGUGAUGGUCUUGACAAAGAAAUAUCAUACUGACGUAAAGUCGAUCAAGGUGCUGUGUUGAAUCUCCUAAAUAAUUAUUUAGACGUUUUCCUCGGAUUAAAAUACCUAUUAUAUGUUUGAACCAAGUAUUAACAUUCCAAAUUAGAAAUUAAAGUUGGAUAUGGGUAUCAGCCUCUAUACCCUGUUGAAUAAACCAAUAGAUGAUAUGAAAAGCCAGAAAAGCUCCUAUUGUAUGUGGAUUUGGAAAUUGUGGAGGAAUCUCUGUGAAUCGGCGAGCAUAUUGGGAUAUUAGCUGAAGCUAAAAAGAAUCUCCUACUUGGGUUCCUCUAAAAUUGAAAAAAGGAAACUUUCACAUAAUUUUAAAAAAACUCAAGUAUGUAUGUUAAUAAACUUUUAAAUUAAUCUGUUCUUGAGGAGACUGUAGUUUGUCUAUAUGAUCUUAUGGCAAGAGUACAAAUUAUGUCUAUACUCUGUGGUGAGUACCUCUUGUUUUUUGUUCUGUCACAAUAGUUGUGCAUAGUGACCAAGAACCUAUGGAAGUACAAUCUGUCCCAAAUAUGUUUGUGAUUUAUGCUAAGCUUGUUAUACCUGAGAUUUGAUGUUAACUCACAGCUCAUAUGUUAGUGAUUAUGUUGUACUUGUUAUAAUUUUUGCAGUAAGAGACAAUAAUAGAACAUGAAUGGUGUGUAUAGUAUGUCCUUUGAACUGAAUAAAUCGCCUCAUGAGUCGUUUUUGGUUACCAGGUUGUAACUCUUCUUUGCCACACCGAUAUUUUCUUUGUUUUGGUUUUCAUUGUUGUUAUGCUUCAAAUCAAUUUACAAACACUUCUCUUGUCCCAUUGAAUGCAUUCUCCACAUGUCGUAGCAUGAUGUUAUACUAAAUGUACAGUGUUUUUCUUAGUAAUGAUCAUCUAACAAAUGUUGUAUAUUUUGAUAUUCAUUAUUUUGACCUGUUGAUUUUGUCCUUAGUUAAACCAAGACCUGUAAGCUCAUAUGAAAUUCGGAUGUCACACUAUUACAAUUUUGUUUAUGAAUCAUUUAUAUUGUCUUUCACUUUACAGAUGCAUUUUUUAUUUUGUUAGCAUAGUUUAUCUUUACCAGUUCGGUAGCUAUUUAAUGAGACCAUUGAAUAGUGCUAAAAUGUGGUGUCUUUACUAACAAAUAAUAAUCGAUGUGAAAAGA